AUGGGUUUGAGGAUGAUUGCGGGUGCCUCGGCUGAGACGACUGUUGGUGAUGCAAUGGUCAUGAAGCUGCAGAAUUUGGGAAUUGAUGUGUUUAAGCAUGGUGGAGUUCAGAUGGUGGAUGGGCCUGUGGUUAUGUUGCAAAAUGUGCUGAGAAUGGUGGAUCCCAUCGAGAGUGAUGGCGAGACUGCUUUGUGGGAUCUUAAUUUUAUGCCAACUGAUGACUUUGAUCAAGACGAUUUCCAUUACAAUGAUAAUGGAUUGUUGGAGUCGGAAUCGAGUAUGGACAGUAGUGAUGAAGUUGAUGAAAAUUCAGUACCUGAUGGGGAUUAUACAAUCCGCGAUCCAAGUGAUGAUGUGCCGAAACUUGGAAUGACAUUUGAAUCAGACGACAAGUUGUUUGAAUUUUAUAAUGAGUAUGCCAGAAGAAAAGGCUUUAGUGUUCGCAAGGGUCAUGUCAAGCGAUCAAGUGACGGUCAAAUUCGAAAAAGGGUAGUUCUUUGCUCAAAAGAAGGAUUCAAAGAGAGACACAAAAGAGGGACACCUCAGAAGGAACGACCAAUUUUACGUACUGGAUGCAUGGCUCGUAUCCAAUGUAUUGCGCAAGGUGGUUCGUUAGUUGUAACAAAAUUUGAUGAUGAACACAAUCACGAACUAGCUGAUGUCUCAGAAGCCCAUCUUUUAUUACCACAACAAGCUACAUACAUGGAAUCACUUCAUUCUGGAGGAUGUGGACCAACACAAACAUUUGCAAUUAUGAGCGCAGAUCAUCAUGGUUCAGAUCAAUUGAAUUUCACUCAAAUUGAUUGCAAGAAUUAUUUUCAAAAAAGACGUAGAGAGAUUUAUAAAAAAGGGGAUGCACAAGUUGCUGUAAAUUACUUCAGGCAUAUGCAAAAGGAGAACCCUGCUUUCUUUUAUGCAGUACAAGUGGAUAAAAAUGACCAAGCCUGUAACUUUUUCUGGGCGGAUGCGAAAUGUGCUCCAUUUGUAGGUGUCAAUCAUCAUGGAAUGUCCGUUUUGUUUGGGAUGGCAUUACUUCUCGAUGAAACAAUAGAGUCUUUUGUCUGGGUAUUUGACUCAUUCUUGAGUGCAAUAUCCGGAAAGCAUCCUAAGACUAUUUUUACCUAUCAAGCCCAAGCAAUUGGAAAUGCGAUAAAACAGGCAAUGCCUACUACUCAUCACAGAUUAUGUUUAUGA